AGCGGCAUGGCGGGUAGUGUGUGAACGUCGGUACGGAAGGUGAUUAAAGCACUUUAAUUCGAUUAAAAAGAGCAUGGAAGGGAAGAGGAAGUGGACGCAGCUUCUUUCGUGAGCUAACGUUUUUGCCGAAAACGCCGUGCAGAAUCACCCUUGUGAAUGUGUAGCCCUGAGUACACUCCGGCUGCGUGUGUAUCGAGUCGUGAAGCUUUGCUCUUCGUAGUUGGCACCUUUCCAAAGCGGAGCAGUUUUCCGUGAUCAUGAGUUGUACUUUCCUACGAGCUGCACGGUGUGCGGAGAAGCUGCGCAGGUCGUCGGGGAAGCGGUUGUUCCCGCCACACUUAGUGCUUAACAGAGCUUGCCUGAAGACUGCGCCCAGCUUGAGCUGGGGUGUGCAAGAGCGAAAGGAAACGGUGCCACCCAGGUGUAUCCUUGGAGUCACCCAGAAAACCAUCUGGACGCAGGGGCGGAGCGCGCAGAGGGUAGGGGACGACAGCAGCAAACAAGUGUCUGUGCGCAGCCAGCGACGGGAAACCGGCGUCUCAACGUCACAGAAAGUGAAAGAAGCUGGAAGAGAUUUUACCUAUUUGAUUGUGGUGCUUUUUGGAAUCAGCAUCACAGGUGGCUUAUUUUACACAGUUUUCAAAGAACUUUUUUCUUCCUCAAGCCCUAAUAAGAUCUAUGGGAAAGCCUUAGAAAAAUGCAGAUCACACCCUGAGGUCAUCAGUGUGUUCGGCGAGCCUGUGAAGGGCUACGGGGAGGCGACGCGCCGCGGGCGGAGGCAGCACGUCAGUUUUAUUGAAUAUGUAAAGGAUGGGCUGAAACACAUGCGCGUGAAGUUCUACAUCCAGGGCUCUGAGCCUGGGAAGCAAGGAACAGUGCAUCUUGAAGUGAAGGAGAACCCAGAAAGUGGCGAGUAUGAAUUUCGAUAUAUAUUUGUUGAACUUGAGCCCUACCCUAGAAGAACUAUUGUCAUUGAAGAUAAUCGAUCCUGAGGUGAUU